GUGAAAAUGAAUCGUGUGAAAGAAGUGUUUUGUAGCAAAUGUCGCUACAUAAUUGCUGUAAUGGCAUUUUUAAACUGCAUCCUUAUUUACAUGAUGAGAGUUGACUUAAAUGUCACAAUUCUUGCUAUGGUUAAUGAAACAGUAGAGGAAAAGUCUAACAUUCAUAAGACUUUUUUCUGUGCAAACUCUACGGAUGACGUUCCAACCAACCAUAACAGAAUCAAUGUUGGCGAACUCAAUUGGGGAAGAUUAACUCAAGGGAUUGUACUUGGAGCUUUUUUCUGGGGUUAUAUUAUAACUCAAAUUCCAGGUGGAAUAUUGGCCUUCAGAUUUGGUCCUAAAUGGGUGGUGUUUGUCAGUCUUGCUGGAUGUGCAAUCAUUGAAUUCUGUAUACCGCCUGCAGCACGUAGUCAUGUUGAAAUUUUAAUCUUUCUACGUGUAGCAGAAGGCCUUUUACAGGGGGUUAUGAUGCCUAAUAUAGCUUGCUUAAUUGCAAUAUGGUCACCACCAACUGAAAAAAGUCGAUUUACGGCAUUCGUCUUCUCAGGUAUCAUAUUUGGUACUGUCCUUGGUCAAACAUCAGCCGGCAUUAUCUCACAACCGAGAGCAAUUCAUUCACAUCUACACACUGCACCAAUUUACGUCUCUUAUUGGUAUAAUGUACAUUAUCUCUUUGGUAUAAUUGCGUUAAUAUUUUCACUACUUUGGAUUAUUCUCGUGUACAACAGUCCAGAAAAUCAUCCAUGGAUUGGUGAAAAUGAAAAACACUUUCUGACUGAUCCAUCACCUGGAGUUUUUAGUAGAAAUAGACUACAGUCCAGUCAAUCGGAAAGAAAACCAUCUAUGGCAUCAUUCGCCUAUUCAACAAGAAGUUUAGACAGUUUAUCCAUCGAUUUGGAUAUCACACAAAAACGUUAUGUACCUUGGAGUAAAAUAUUUCGAUCACGUUCAGUAUGGGCAAUUUUAAUUUGUCAUGUUUGUUAUAACUGGGCAUUCUACACUUUAAUCACUGGUAUGCCAACAUAUAUGUCACGUGUACUUGGCUUUAGUAUUGCUGAAAACGGUCUGUUGUCAUCUAUCCCGUAUAUUGCACAAUCAGUUGUCAGCUUUAUUGUUGCCUACUUUUCUGAUCUGUUUAUUAUGAAGCGAUAUCUAUCGACAACUUGGGUGCGUAAGAUAAAUAACCUGAUUGCUUUAGGUGGACUUGGUUUCAGUUUGAUCUGCGUUUCAAUUGUUGGAUGUAAUCGAACAGGUGCUGUGGUUUUAUUCUCUGUUACUGUUGGUCUGAUGGGAUUCUCAUUCGCUGGUUAUGGGUCGAAUUCUUUAGAUUUAGCACCAAUUUACAGUGGCAAUAUUAUUUCAAUAACGAAUACUGCAGCUACAUUACCUGGUAUUCUAGGACCUUUAGUGUUCGGUUAUUUGACAAGAGAAAGCUCAAGUGUUCAUAACUGGUUAUUCGUAUUCAGUAUCACUGCCGGCAUAGCCUGGUUUGGUGCAUUAAUGAAUUUAUGGAUGACAAGUGGAGAGAUUCAAGCAUGGAGUAGACUACCGAACGCUACAGACAAUCAAGACCACAAUCAUGAUAGUAAUAAUACUAAUACCAAUAAUAAUCACAGAAAUAUUCAGAUGACUCGUCAACCGCAAACAUCGACGCGAACAUGACUCAGCAGAUCUCAAUGGAAAUGAUCGAUUACAUAGAAA